UUGAUCGUGUAUAAAUGUAAACAAAAAGUUUUGAUCCGCCGCAAAAUUUUGUUCUUUCUCCGCGUCGCAGCACGAAAAAUAAGUUCGUGUUUUAAGUUUAUCCAAGUGAUUCAGCAUGCCCAACUGGUACUACGAGAAAAAGGAUCUUCGCAGUACGCCGUCCAGUUUGGAUGGGAUCGAUUACGAGACGGAACGGCGCUACCGGAAGGAGGGAGCCCGAUUCAUCAUGCAAACCGGCACCUCGAUGGGUCUUGGGCACAACACGGUGGCCACAGGUGUAGUUUAUUUCCAUCGCUUUUACAUGUUCCAUUCUUUCAAAACCUUCCCACGGUACGUGACCGCUUGCUGUUGUCUGUUCCUGGCCGGCAAGGUGGAAGAAACACCGAAAAAGGCCAAAGACAUCAUUAAAACGGCACGGUCUCUGCUCAGCGAUCAGAAGUAUCUGUCUUUUGGCGAUGAUCCCAAGGAAGAAGUCAUGACGCUGGAAAGAAUUCUGCUCCAGACCAUCAAAUUUGAUCUGCAGGUAGAGCAUCCUUAUUCUUUCCUGGUUAAGUAUGCCAAAUGCCUGAAAGGUGACAGCGCAAAGCUACAAAAAAUGGUUCAAAUGGCUUGGAAUUUCGUAAACGACUCUCUGAGUACAACUGUAUGUCUCCAAUGGGAACCGGAAAUCAUAGCCGUCGCUCUGAUCUAUCUGGCCAGUAAGCUAAGUAAAUUUACGGUGGUAGAUUGGAUCGGCAAACAGUCAGAACAUCUCAAGUGGUGGGACAUGUUCGUUCAAGACGUCACUAUGGAUAUCCUCGAGGACAUUUGCCAUCAAGUGUUGGAUCUCUAUCAGCAACCGAACAACGAAACUCCCCCAGAUAGUCCGCCACAACCUCCUCCCAGUAAAUCGUCUCCGCCCAUGAAGCGGGCAAACAUAUCUCCGAUUGCAAGCAAAAACUCUCCGACCGUUAGCAAUCCACCACCGAAGCCUGUAGCACCCCCGGUGCCUCCUGUCGAGAUUGAAUCCAAUCCAAUCCCAAAACACAUAACGACAGACAACAGUUCGCAUGGAAGUGGUGGAGGUGGAGGAAACUAUGCAAACUAUCCAAUCUAUCCGAUCCAUCAGGGUCCUCCGCCAAGUCAACAGUCGCAUGUCGGUGUUCCCGGUUAUAAUUCUGCGGUGCCUCCUCCGGGUCCAGUUCCACCGCAGCAGCAAUCGUGGCAGCAACAUUACUCGCACGGCCCCCCACCACACGGUAACAAUUACUAUGGCGGGCCGGGACCGAUGGGAGGAAGAAAUAACUAUUAUCCACCACAAUGAAAAUGUUUAGACCGUAGAACAGAGUGUAUCAGUGGCUGGGCUAAU